AUGGCGACACCAGACUCUGCCAAGCCGACAUACAUCUACAAACUCAUUCCCUCUGAUGCAGCCCCUCCGGAUCCCCUUCCGUCCGCUCUCCCUGUGAGUGAGCUUGACAGAUCAUCCGGCUUCAUCCACCUCUCGACCGCAAAACAGGUCCCGAACACGCUCAAACGCUUCUUCACGAAUGAAUCGCGUGUAUACAUCCUGCGCAUUCCGUAUGACCCGAUCGAGAGCAAUAUCAAAUGGGAAGACCCAAGGGGGGAGGCGGCCGGCCCCAGAGGCGGCGAAGGGAUGUUCCCCCACCUUUAUAACGACUUCAAGGUGGGAAAUGAAGAAGUCGAGAGUGUGGGCGUCUGGGACCGGAAGGACGGCCAAAGUUGGGACGAGGCACUGGAGAGCGCGAACGAGUGGCUUUUGUAUUAA